AUGGCGAGCGAAGCAUCAACGACACAGCCUCCGGUCAAGAUUGGCACGCGCAAGUCUGUCCUCGCAAGAGUGCAGACUGACAUUGUGUGCAAGGAGCUGCGCAAGGCAUGGCCCGACCGCCAGUACGAGAUCCACGCCAUGAGCACCAUGGGCGACAACAACCAGACCACUGCCCUGCACGAGUUCAAUGCAAAGGCUCUGUGGACCCAUGAGCUCGAGGCGCUGCUCGAGAAGGGCGACCUGGAUCUCAUUCUUCCUCCGUCCAUGAGCAUUGGCUGCAUUUUCCCUCGCGAAGACGCUCGUGACGCUCUCGUCGUCAAGCCCACCCUCCCCUACAAGUCCCUCUCUCAAUUGCCUGCAGGCUCCGUCAUUGGCACCUCGUCCGUCCGCCGCUCUGCCCAGCUCAAGCGUCUGUACCCGGACCUCAAGUUCGCAGAUGUACGCGGCAAUGUCGGUACCCGUCUUGCCAAGCUCGACAACCCCGAGGGCGAAUACACCGCCCUCAUCCUGGCCGCAGCAGGCCUCUCACGCCUCGGCAUGUCCGACCGCAUCACCAGCUACCUCGACAGCGCAUCAGGUGGUAUCUUGCACGCAGUAGGCCAGGGAGCAUUGGGCAUUGAAGUCCGCUCCGACGAUGAGGAUGUCAAGAAACUGCUCUCGGCUGUUGGCUGCGAGUGGACCACCCGUGCCUGUCUUGCUGAGCGCAGUCUGAUGCGCACCCUCGAAGGUGGCUGCAGUGUACCCAUUGGUGUUGAGACCGAGUGGGUGCGCAAGAAGUCCUCUCUGGGUACCACCAUCGGUACCGGUGUUGGUGUCGGCGCAAAGCCUGCUGCCGAGUACGACAAACUCAGCGGUGUUGCUGUGACUGGCCGCACCACCGAGGACGAUGGCGAACACCAGGAUAGCGGUUCUGAGUUCACCGAAAACCUGAUCAUGCGUGCACUUGUCGUCAGCCUAGACGGUCAGAGGCACGUAGAGACUGAGAUGCAGAGACGCAUCACUAGCAGAGAAGAGGCCGACGAGUUCGGCUGGGACGUCGCAAAGAAGUUGGUCGAGCUGGGCGCCGAAUCCAUUCUUCACGAUAUCAACUUGAACAGAAAGAUUAUCGAGGAGCAGGGUGACGCAUAG